AUGAUUUUCAACAAAGAAAUUGCCCGUGGUAACGGCGGUGAUUCCAAGCCAGACAUUGGAAUUGUUGGUAGCAGUGUUUACACAAGCGAGCUGUGGGCGAUGGCAUGUAAUUAUGCCGCCAACCAUGUCGGCGUUGACGCUCAUCCCCCAUGGGCUCCAAACUCUGAUUACACCAUGAUCAAUUUCCGCCACUGUGAGCACGAAAGUCUCAUGCCACUGAGGUUUCGACUUCAUGCAAGUCGCUUCCAAGACCACCCCCGCCGAACUUCAGGCUCAUCGUGA